GCGGGGCGCGUAGGGUGAGCAGCGGUGGUGGUAGGAAUGGUGUUGUUAAGAUGGCGGCGCUGAAGGAGGAGCGGAGUUACGGGUUGUCUUGUGGAAGGGUCGGAGGGAGGGUGUCUGUCUUCCACGUCAAACUCACCGACAGCGCCCUACGGGCAUUUGAGAGCUACCAGAGCUGCCAGGAAUCCAUAAGCUUAAAGCCAGCUAUUCGAUUCCAAGGCAGUCAAGGGCAAAUAACAAUUCCUCGGCCAGAGUGCCCCACAGAAGUGCGGACUUUCACUUUCUACCUAUCAAAUGUAGGCAGAGAUAGCCCUCAAGGGAGCUUUGAAUGCAUUCAGCAGUACACUCAAAGUAAUGGAAAUGUCAACCUCGACUGUCUGGGCUGCAUCCAGGAUAAAAUCACUGUAUGUGCUACAGAUGACUCCUAUCAGAAGGCGCGGCAAAGCAUGGCGCAGGCUGAAGAGGAGAACAAAAGCAGAAGUGCCAUUGUUAUCAAAAUGGGUAGCAGAUAUGGAGCAGUCAAAAAGGUCCAAGUCCGAAAACCUGCUCCAGGAGUCUCCGAUGUCGUGCCAUCAAGGAAGCGGCAAACACCAGUAAAUUUAGCUAGUGCGAUCAAGAGAACAGCCACCAACAUUUCUCAACGACCCUUCAAAGACAGGGUGAUGCACUUACUAGCCCUUAAACCAUACAAGAAGCCUGAGCUUAUUCUACGACUGCAGAAAGAUGGGCUUACCUUACAGGACAAAGAUUCUCUAGAUGGCCUCCUGCAACAGGUGGCAAAUCUGAGUGCCAAAGACUGCACUUACACAUUAAAAGACUGUAUGUACAAAGAGGUCCACAAGGACUGGCCUGGUUAUUCGGAAGGCGACCAACAGCUAUUAAAACGAAUACUUGUCCGGAAGCUAAGCCAGCCACCAAAUCCAUGUGGACAGACAGGAGAAAAUGCUCCUCUGAGCCCUCCCAAAGACAAUGUGAAUUCCACUUCCCCAAACCCCCAGAAACGACCCUCUCAAAAUCCAGAGCCUAUUGAUCCUUCAGUUCCCAAGAAAGUCCGUAUAUCCCACUUUGCACACCGGUCGCAGCAUACGUUGAAUGGGAAAUUAAAUUCCUCCAAUGGAAGGGAUUCACCAGCUCCCCCUAUGCAGCCUCUUGUGUUGGAUACUGUCAACUCCAGUUCUCAUAUACAACUAGCUGAUGACCCCAUUUUGGACUCCAGCACUGACACACAACCGAAAGACUGUGAAAGCCUAGAUGCCUCUGAGAGGCUUGGCCAUGAACCACAGACGGACUGUUCCACUGUGGCCAAAAAAAACUCUAAUCCCACUCAUGGAAAGUCUAAAAAGAAGUCCAAAAAGCACAAAGAGCGAGACAGAACCAAGGAAAAGAACCCACAAGGAAAAAUAAAUUGUAGCUCGGGGAAAAUCAGUGGGGCUCUUCAGGACAUCCUGGAUUUGAACAGAGCUUGCAGUAAUUCCAGUAUUCCAUCAUCCACAUCAGAGCUGCCAGAUUACAUCUUGAAAUACACAGCAAUCUCAUCUCAGGAGCAGCGUCAGACUUACAAGACUGACUUCAACUCAGAAUACAAUGAAUACAGAGAUUUACAUGCAAGGAUAGAAAGGACAACAAGCAGAUUUACGCAGCUGGACUCUCAGCUAAAGCAGCUCUGCACUGGUUCAGAGGAAUACAAGACUAUCCAUGAUCAAAUCUUACAAGAGUAUCGUAAAAUUAAAAAAUCCAACCCGAAUUACAGUGAAGAGAAGAACCGCUGUGAAUAUCUCCACAAUAAACUGGCUCACAUAAAAAAACUGAUUGCACAGUAUGACCAACAGAUUCUGUCUCUGCAUUAAUGCCCAUGUUCGGGUAGCAGUAUCUUU